AAGGAAGGAAGGAAGGAGGAGCAGCCGCCGGGGACAGAGCAGGCUGAUGCUUUGGGGACGGGCCACCACGAGGCGGACAGACAGAGCACCCGCCAGCCCCAGCCCCAACCUGUGAGCAGGAUGAGGGCCGUCCUGCGUGCUCCGCGGCGGGUGCUGCAACUCACCCUUGCCAUCAUCAAGCCUGAUGCUGUGGCUCACCCUCUCUUCCUCGAGGCCGUCCACCAGACCAUCCUGGACAACCGGUUAUUGAUCGUCAGGAGCAAGGAUCUGAUGUGGAGCAAGGAGGAGAGCCAGAAAUUCUACCAGGAGCACUCAGGGCGUUUCUUCUACCAGAGGCUGGUGGAAUUCAUGGCCAGCGGCCCCAUGAGGACCUACAUCCUUGCCCACGAGGAUGCCAUCCCGCUCUGGAGGUCUCUGAUGGGUCCCACCAAGGUUUUCCGCGCCCAGCACACAGACCCAGAGUCCAUCCGCGGAUCGUUCGGCCUCACGGACACUCACACCGUGCACGGCUCAGAUUCGGCCGCAUCAGCCAGCAGGGAAAUCGCCUUCUUCUUCCCAGAUUUCAACGAAGAGCGGUGGUACCAGCAGGAAGAGCCUCUGCUGCGGGAGAGGGAGGCUGGCCGUGAUACCAAGGCGAUCCCUCGCCAUGUGCCCAGAGAUGGCUGGGCAGAGGCAGACUGAAGGACAAUUUGCACGGGAGACACUGCCAGAACGGAUGCGAGAUUCUGCGUUGGAGACGGGGGUCUCCUCCUCUCUUCCCCAAAAUGAG